AUGGCGCGUGGAUUCGCCAAAGGCGAUCGUGUGGCUGCAGAAACUAAAUGGAGCAAGCUUGCCGGUGCAUUGAACGCAAUUGGACCUCCAAUUAAAGAUGUUGCGGGAUGGGAAAAGGUUUGGUGCGAUUGGAAGGCGAAUAUUCGCAAGAAAAUUGACGAGAAUAAGGCAGUGGUCAGGGCUACGGGCGGGGGUCCUUACUGCCAGCAACCGCUGACAGCCAUGGAGGAGGACGUGGCAAAGCUCUGCGGGCUCUUUGAGAUGGUCGAGGGAGUUGGUGCUGUGGCAUAUGGAGCACCAACCACCAUAAUAGAAGAAGAGGUGGCUGAGGAAAACGCCGAGGAGAUUGCCACAGAGGAGGAGGAACCGAGCCGCAAGCGUCGCCGCACAGCUGCUGCGGUUGACUUGCAGAGUCUGUGCGUAGCUCAAGUUUAG